UUGUACCCGGUGACGUAAUCAGUUGCGCAUGUGUCCAGAUUCAGGUUCUGCACGCCAUUGUGGAAAAUAGUUACUUACACAUUAUUGACUCUUAAGCCUGAGCUAGAAUUCCUAGUUGACUUCCCCGAGUAUAAUAACUGAAGAAGAAACUGUCCCACAAUGGCUACGGACUCCUGGGCUGAGGCAGUGGACAAGCAAGAAGCUGCGUUGGACUCGAUGGGAAAACUUCAAUUAAAAGAGAAGCCAGAAGAAAAUGGCACGACCGCAAACGCAAACGCAAAAGACUCAGCACCUGCAAAGUCAGAAGGAGAGAAGGCGGCAGAUGAUGACGAAAUUGAGGACGUAGGGGCACAGUCUUUGUUAAACAAACUGAUUCGAAAUAAUCUGGUCAAUACAACAAAUCAAGUGGAAGUUCUUCAGAAGGAUCCGAACUCUCCGCUUUACUCCGUCAAGUCUUUUGAAGAAUUAAGGCUUAAACCACAGCUGCUUCAGGGAGUGUAUGGUAUGGGUUUCAAUCGGCCAUCAAAAAUCCAGGAAACUGCCUUACCGAUGAUGCUGGCUGAACCUCCACAGAAUCUGAUUGCUCAGUCUCAGUCAGGAACAGGGAAAACGGCUGCCUUUGUUUUGGCUAUGCUCAGCCAUGUUGAUCCCAACAACAAAUACCCCCAGUGCUUGUGCGUGUCACCCACCUAUGAGCUGGCGCUUCAGACUGGCAAAGUGAUUGAACAGAUGGGCAAAUAUUACCCUGAAGUCAAACUAGUCUACGCCAUUAGAGGAAAUAAAUUGCAGCGGGGCAUGAAACUGCAGGAACAGAUAGUUAUUGGCACACCUGGUACCAUGUUGGACUGGUGCAGUAAAUUCAAGUUUAUUGAUCCCAAGAAAAUUAAGGUGUUUGUGCUUGACGAGGCUGAUGUUAUGAUCGCCACGCAGGGUCACCAGGACCAGAGUAUACGCAUCCAGAGGAUGCUGCCCAAAAACUGCCAGAUGUUGCUGUUCUCAGCCACAUUUGAGGAGUCGGUGUGGAACUUUGCUCAGCGCAUUGUGCCUGAUCCCAACAUAAUCAAGCUGAAGAGAGAGGAGGAAACACUGGACACCAUUAAACAGUACUAUGUGUUGUGUAACAGCAAAGAAGAAAAAUUCCAGGCUCUCUCUAACAUCUACGGCGCCAUCACCAUCGCUCAGGCCAUGAUCUUCUGCCAUACAAGGAAGACAGCAGGCUGGCUGGCAGGGGAGCUGUCCAGAGAAGGCCACCAGGUAGCGCUGCUUAGUGGAGAAAUGCAAGUGGAGCAGAGGGCUGCAGUCAUUGAACGCUUCAGAGAUGGAAAGGAGAAGGUCCUGGUCACCACAAAUGUUUGCGCUCGAGGUAUUGAUGUAGAGCAGGUUUCUGUGGUGAUCAACUUCGACCUGCCAAUUGACAAGGAUGGUAACCCUGACAACGAGACAUACCUGCACAGGAUUGGCCGCACAGGUCGAUUUGGGAAAAGGGGACUGGCCAUUAAUAUGGUGGACAGCAAGAUGAGCAUGAACAUCCUCUACAGGAUCCAGGAGCACUUCAAUAAAAAAAUUGAAAAACUGGACACGGAUGAUCUGGAUGAAAUUGAGAAAAUUGCCAGCUAAGAAGGUGUGUUCACGCGACGGACGCUCGCUUCCCUCCCCCACGUCUUUGCUCUCCAAGGACUGUACGCUCCUACAAUUUUAUUGCUUUUAUUAUUAUUUUUUUUUAGCUGUCCGAGAAAAGAGCAAAACCACACACAGCAUAUGUUUACAUGUGGAUAUGUCUCCUCUCAGACACGCGUUUUGUAAGUCUCUGAUACAUACCCUAUUUCACUCUUUGUACUCCUUUAAAUAAAGUGUAUGAGUUUAA